AUGCUGCUGCUGCAGUGUGAGACGGGAGACAAGCUGUGGCUGUCCGCGUCAUUCCCGCAAGCUUUCUCUGCAGCACCCCAGCCCAGCAGCAGCAGCAGGUGCAGCAGCAGCAGCAGCAGCAGCAGCAGCAGCAGCAGCAGCAGCAGGAGGUGUUUGGCGCGGCAGCAGCACGCCAGGGGAGCGGAGGAAGUUGUGGAGGCUGCGGAGGCGCAGCGCAGCAGCAGCAGCAACGGGAGCCAGCAGCAGCAGCAGCAGCAGCAGCUGGGAGAGUGCGAGGCGGCGCAGCAGCAAGCUGCAGCGCAGCAGCUCGAAGCCGCGCAGCGGGGCAGCCAGUGCAGCAGCAAGCACUGCAGCAAAAGCCACGGAAAACAAAAAACUUAA